CGGAAACUUGACCUAUUUCGCUGGGUGCGGAAGAUCUACGGGAGAGGCAUUGCUAAAAAUGGCCUAACCUUGUAUGGAAUGCUACUGAGCAGGAGGGCAGCAGUCGUUUCAAAAGUUGAUCCGCAUUAUUUCUUGUCCGAAUUAUUCUAGGUUGUCCUGAAGGUGUAAACUGCCACAAUGCUGCGUGUAUAUGGCUGUGUCCUGGUUCUAGUGGUGAUGUGUCAUGCUGUAAUUGGUCAGCUUGAUGAUGAAGAGCGGCCGGAUGAGUGGAACCCUGAGGACAUGCCCCAUCCCGUGAGAAACCCCCAGCACUGCCGGCUUGGUCAGAAGGCCGGCUUCCUGUGUGACCCUGACGGCAUCCUGAGUCCCAGGAGUGUGGAGCUGCUUGACUGGCUUCUGCGAGGUGCCUACGACAACGACACAAUCUGCCCCUGCAGCACCUACUGGUGUGAGAAGACCAGGAAGGGAACUCACAUCUCGGUGGCACUCAUCAACAGGAUGAAGCUAGCUGAAACAUUUCAAGAUCCAGAUACUGCUGUGAUGCAGGCUGCCAGUAACUUCGCUCUAAAACUUCAGAACCAGCAUUGGAACUUCGGCUCCUGUAACAAUGAUGUGGUCAUAUUCUUCUCUCGUGAUGAUGGCGUGCUGUUCAUUUCUUACGGCCGAACAGCAGCACUUAGACUGAACAGUGAAGUUGUGUCAUACAUACAGAGGCAGUACGGACAUUACUUCAGACCAGGCGGUGACACGUUUGUUGGUCUAGCUGAGAUAAUCAUCGCCAUCAGGCAAGUCGUCAAUGGCAACUACCACUUUGACCCCAACAACCCUAAUGCAGAACAACUUGUUGGUGGAACUGAUCAUGUGACCUCUGGUAUCCUAGCAACUGUCAUUCUGGCGCUGGUGUCCAGAAUAAUGUCCUGAGGGGAAAUGUUAAUUUUUAUUUCAAUUUGAUUCCAAUUAUCUUUUUUCCCUAUUAAUUAUAAAUUUACUGAGGAAAAUUAUAGAAAGUCAUCUAACAUCAUCUAAUUAUUCUAUCUGUGUCUAGAGAUCGAAAAGGUGCUUAUUUCUGUUUAUUCCCACACUUUUCUAAAAGAAUAGGGUACCGGGUUAAUUUUUGUCUUAUACAAGGAGUACUACACUAAACUGUAUAAGUUUUUCUUUCUGAAAGCAUUUUACAUUUUAAAUGGCAUUGUUUAUGUUAUAUGAUGUUGAUGGUUCUAGUUGGUUGUAAUAGCGGUACGUUGCUGUUCACUAGCACACAGUGCUAAGACCAUCGUGACUUACAUAUUAUGACAUAGACUUACAUUUACAACAGUCUUAGCGAUAAGAUCAUCAAAACAAGCGUUCUAUGACACAGACUUUCAACAUUUACCACAGUCUUAGCGCUAAGAUCACUCUGUGCAAGAUGGUCCUGGUCGUUAACCCUCCUCCUAUACAGCCACCUCCCAAAUGAAAGGAAGUGACACCACACCCGAGAUUGCUUUGUUCUGAUUAACAGUGUCAUGACUGUUGUACAUGCUGCACCAUGUUGAGAAGGAACAAACUGUUGAUGAUCAUGUCCAGUGCAGACAGUCCUAUGAUGAGGAUGGGCCUAAUGAAGUGACUAUGUCCGUGUGGACAUCAGAUAUAUAUGCAAGGACAUUAGGAUGCUGUUCUCUGAUGCUGAUGCAGACCUGAGUCUGUUCCUGUGAAUUGAUAUUAAGAGUGUAUACUGCCUUGGAUGUGGCCAGUUUUAUCUGUCCACCAUAUUCAUUAAGCAUAACCUUUACAAUGUAUUGAAUGUGUAAAAGAGACAUAAACUGUAACAUAUGAGUAUUUGUUCUGACAAAUUGUAGAGUUAUUAAGUAUCUUUUGUGUUAUUGUUCAAGUGGAUAUGUCCUAUUCGUAAACUCUAAAAAGGUGCAGAACCUGAGAUGAGAUGAAAUCCCUGAGAUGAAAGUUGUCCUGUUUUGUUAGAGACAGUUUACCAGGAAAGAGUAACUGGUCCCACUGGAAGGUGGGGAUGUUUGUUCAUUGAUAAACGUGAUCUCCUGGCACUACAUUCAAGAGCUCUAGUGUUUUUAGAUCUACCAGGAUCUGUUUGUAGAUGAUCUGUUUCAUGAUUAUGUAGCAUAAUAUUGUAUUUAUUCAUUAAAUAGUAGAGUGCAAUGUAGGACUGGGCCUGUGGUUAGUCAAGUGAUAUAUUAUUUAAAUACAAUAACAAUAAAAGUCACUUAUGAUUGCAUUUCUUUCUGAUUUAUGCAUGCAUUGUUUCUGAUUUUUAUACAUUUCAGUAAAGACAGAUGGCAAAUGCGUGUGUGGACUUCAGAGUAUGCAUGAUCUGAUCGUUUUAUACGUGUAUGUAAACUGCUUCUAGGUUUGUCAGCACCAUUGCCUGCUCGCGGGUUUCACUGAAGUGGUAAACGUCUGAGACCUGCAUCACUUCGGGCUUUCCUCCCACAUUAUUUUGACACGCUGCGAUAUAACUGGAAUACUGUUAAAAGCGGUGUUAAACCCAACUCACUCACUUGUUAUCUCAGCUCAUCUGAAAUUGGUUUGAAAUCCAAAGAUUUAGUUUGGUCCUGUAAUGAUGAAAAAGCUGAAUAUCAUUCUGUCAUUCCUGCUACUAUAUACAUAUAUAUAUAUAUAUAUGCUUUGUCAAGAGGUUUGUUUCAGAUAAUUUGUUAUUAUCCUAUAUGAUAGUAAUCAUCGUUAACUGUGAGUUGUUGCAUGCUUUUUAUAAUAGUUUUUAAUGUCGCUAGGCUACUUAGAUUUGAGAUAUUGAAAAAGACUCACUAUUGGAAUAAGAUACAGUAAUUAUUUUACGAAGGGGUUAAAAGUCUCGAACAAUGUCAGUAAAUACAUGUGUACAGCCAUUGAACAAGCACUGAGAGAACUAUAUCUGAUCAAAGGGAUGUAACUCUGGUGGCACAUUUUUUGUUAACCAUCAUAGAAUAUUUCAUAGAGGAAAGGUUCUUAUUUCAUUUAUGUCUUUCUAGGAUAGAAAAGUAUAAAUAUUGUUGUACAUGUAUGUAUAUGUAUGGAAUGUAUUGUAUAAUGGAGAAUGUAGUGUUCAUUGGUUUAUAUUAAUAAUCUCUAGGUUGUUUGUACACAGUGUAGCUUCCUGGUAAUACUGUCACUGUUAGAUUUCAUCGAGGUGUUUUUCAAUUUUUAUUGGAUUGUUUAAACUCUUUAUACAUGGUUAGUUUACUUCUUUUACUGUUUUUAAUUUAUUAUUGCUUUAUAAGUUUACACAUUAAAGGCAAGAUACAACUAAGCUGCUUCAGAUUGCCAAAGUGCUUUGGUCAUUGACCAUUGAAAACCAUGACCCUCCAGUGUUAAGCAAUAUUACCCAAGACAUGGAUACCUGGUCCAUGAUUUUCCCAGAUAAUGGGUUGUCACUGAACCAGACUUCGAUUCACAGUCCAUCAUUUUCCAAGAUAAUGGGUCGAAUAUUGAAUAUCGAAGUCUUCACACCAAUCUGAAGCUCUGCAACUUGUCUGUUAUUUUCUUGGCAUUACUGAACUGAAGAAGCCUUUGAAUGGAAGAACUUGAAUUGGUGCUAUGUGUUCAUUUGCCUCUGGAUGAAAUGAUGAAGCCAUGUGUUUCAAGACUUUCGAUUAAAUGUUAUAUGAUAUACUUGCCACUACGAAAAGCUUUUACAUGUUUAUCAAUAUUUUGUACAAGGAGUCUGAACCUCACAUGUAACUUUUAUACUGCAAGAAGUGCAAAAGAGCAGAACAAGGUGAUUAAAUAUAUAGUCUUUGAA